AUGGCAUCAAACAUCUCAAUUACUUACAUCGGCACGGCGACAGCCAUUAUCUAUCUCGACCAUCUGACAAUACUUACUGAUCCAUACUUCUCUCCUCCCGGCACGUCUUGGACAGGCGCCUCCGGAACCACUCUGACCAGCACUUAUCAACCCGCUCUUGAGCUGAAAGAUCUUCCGCCAAUCGACUUGGUCCUUCUCAGCCACGAGGACCACAAAGACAAUCUCGAUGAUCUGGGAAGAACACUUCUCAAUGGAAGGAGGGUCAUCACGACGGUAGACGGGGCACAGAAGUUGGGCAAGAGAGAAGGCAUCGUUGGUCUAGGACCGUGGGAAAGCACGACUGUCCAAGGGAGAGACGGCUUGCAGUGGAAAAUCAUAGCCACUCCCUGCGCACAUUUCCCCGGUGGUGAAUGUAUCGGAUUCGUGAUCACUGCAAAACGCUUUGGUCACUCACCUGAACGUUUAUUCAAGGCGAUAUAUUACUCAGGCGACACAGUGUACUUACCAGAACUUGGCCGGAAGAUUGCAAAGAGGUUCGAUAUUCUUGUUGCGUUAAUCAACAUGGGACAGGCGACGGUGACGAAGUCUGAUGGUGGUACCUUGCAAGUAACGAUGGAUGCGGAGCAGGCGUUGCAGCUAGUGCGAGAGAUCAAGCCGCAGGUCGUCGUACCGAUGCACUUCGAAGGCUGGAGUCACUUCAAAGAGGGCAGGAAGGGCAUUGAGCAGGCAUUCGGGCUUAGCAACAUUGCGCCGACAAGGCUGCACUUCUUGAUUCCGGGUCUGAAGACAGAUAUCGUAAUGUGA